AUGGGAAAUUGCAUAAGGCAUGAUUCGUCCAUGAAAUGGGCAGGAGAGGAUUGGGGGUGUCUAGCAGAUGGAAUGAAGGGUGACGAUUAUCGCGAUCAAACGGACGUAAAGAUCAUGAAGAAGAAGGACAACAAGAAGAUUGCAGAAGCAAGCCAGAUGGAUUCAUUUUGUUCUACAACAACAGCAACAAAAAGUAGUAGUAGUAAAGUUGGGGCAGCAACAGAGGUGAAGAUCAAGAUCACAAAGAAGCAGUUGGAGGAGUUGUUGGGUAAGGUGGAGUAUAAGCAAAUGUCAGUUCAGCAGGUUUUGGCUCAGCUGAUUAGGGUUAGCGAUGGCUUUGAGACCCAGUUGCAAAGGUCUUGGAGGCCUGCUCUUCAAAGCAUUCCUGAGGUCAAUUAA